GGGGGCUCUGGGGCUGGGCUGAGGGGCUCUGGGGCUGGAGGGCUGGAGUUGGGCGCAGUGAUUUGGCAGAGUGCAGCUCCUUUAAUGCGUUGGAGGGGUUUGGCUGUUGGGGUGUUGCUGUGGGUGACUCGUGGCCACGCUGUCUGUCAGUCUGUCUGCAAACUGCCUGAAUCCUCCUCCUCCUCCUCCUCUGCUGCUGCUGAACAGCCACCAAACCAACCCUCCCGGCUCCAGCUCCAGCUCCGGCUGCACUGACACAAGAAUAACUUUCAACCAUGACGACAGAACCGGACUCAGACCCUGAAUCAAAACAGGACCAAGAACACAAGGAAACCGCUGACAAGAAAGAGGCAGCGGCAGAACAGCAGGAGCAGCAGCAGGCGGCUGCAGAUACUGAACAAGCGGACGGUGUGGACAGGAUCCCUGCAGCAUUGAGCAGCCCUGAGAAGAAGAAGCAGGAGAUUGGUGACCGAGAGAAAGAGGCAGACGGGGCUUCUGUUAAAGUUGCUGAAGAACAGCAGGAAGAGCAUCUGGCUGAAGACGACAAACUCUCCCAAAAAUCCUCUUCCAGCAAAUUAUCCAAAUCUCCUCUGAAAGGGGUAAAAAAACUGAAGACCAUGCUGUGCAAAGUAACUCUCCUGGAUUCCUCUGAACAUACGUGUGAGGUUGAGAAACGUGCCAAAGGGCAGGUGCUCUUUGACAAAGUCUGUGGGCAGCUCAACCUCCUAGAAAAAGAUUACUUUGGUCUGGCUUUUCGGGACUCUGAAAAUCAAAAGAACUGGUUAGAUCCAGCCAAGGAGAUUAAAAAGCAGAUUCGAAGUGGACCAUGGCAAUUUUCAUUCAAUGUAAAGUUUUACCCUCCGGAUCCUGCUCAGCUCUCUGAGGACAUCACCAGAUACUACUUGUGUCUGCAGCUGAGGGAUGACAUUGUGUCUGGGAGAUUGCCGUGUUCUUUAGUCACACAUGCCUUGCUCGGCUCCUACACUGUUCAAGCUGAACUGGGAGAUUAUGACCCAGAUGAAUAUAGCACCGACUACAUCAGUGAGUUUCACUUUGCUCCAACUGAUACAAAAGAACUGGAAGAAAAGGUGAUAGAACUGCACAAAAACCACAAGGGCAUGACACCUGCAGAAGCAGAAAUGCAUUUCCUCGAAAAUGCUAAGAAGCUUUCCAUGUAUGGAGUGGACCUGCAUCAUGCCAAGGAUUCGGAAGGAGUUGAUAUCAUGCUGGGGGUGUGUGCCAGUGGCUUGUUGAUCUACAGGGACCGUCUGAGAAUUAACCGAUUUGCUUGGCCCAAAGUUCUCAAGAUCUCGUACAAAAGGAAUAACUUCUACAUCAAAAUUCGGCCCAGUGAAGUAAGUUCAAAUUUUGAGCAGUUUGAGAGCACCAUUGGAUUUAAACUCCCAAACCACAGAGCAGCAAAAAGGUUGUGGAAAGUCUGUAUCGAGCAUCACACGUUCUUUCGCCUCGUGUCUCCUGAGCCACCUCCCAAGAAAUUUCUUACACUGGGUUCCAAAUUCCGCUACAGCGGCAGAACCCAGGCCCAAACACGAAGAGCCAGUUCACUCAUAGACCGCCCAGCACCAUACUUUGAACGUUCUUCCAGCAAACGUUACACCAUGUCACGUAGCUUAGAUGGAGAUCAACAGAGUAGACCAAUAAAUCCUGUGGCUCUUGUUGGCGAGGAAAAGCUGGUAACCCCAGAUAAUGAAACUAAAGUUACAGCAUCUGUCACAGAAAACCAUGAGAUGUUCAUGAAGGAUUCCAUUUCUGCCUCUGAGGUUACUGCUGGCCAUUAUGGUGCAGCCAAGACUAUUGUCUCAACCAAUCUAAUAACCACAGUGACACCAGAGAAGAAGGCAGAAGAGGAAAAGGCAGAAGAAGAGGAGAGGACAGCGAAGGCUGAUAUUACUCCAUCUGUCACACCAGCCAAGCAUGACACAAAGACCGACAGUGAGCAGACUGACACUACUGGCCCUGCUGAUGGGGAAACCACUGCGGAGAAUAGUCUUGUAAAGCAAAUCAAAGGUGAAAAUGUAUAUGUCAAACAUGGUAAUCUUAUGUUAGAGGACUUUGACAAAACUCAGGACGAGGUGGUUAAGCACCAUGCCAACAUAACUGAGAUGAAACGGACAUUCCUGGAGUCUACAUCAGAAAGCGGACCCGACGAAUGGGAAAAAAGGCUAUCUGCCUCCCCUGUGCGAUCCUUUUCGAAGACGGAGGAUCUGCCUAUGAUUGAACCCCUUGUGCCUGAGGAGCCGACCAAAGAGGAAGCUGAAGGAGCGCUACAAAGCAAACCCGAAGAUAAACAUAGUGCUCCUGGUCUGAGUAUCUUAGUGGUGAAAGCGGACGAAAAAGCAGCAAAGUCCGGAGAAAAGGAGAAGAAGGUGGAAGAGGAGCUGACACCUGGUGGUCAGAGCACCCUGGUGUCACAUGAAACUGUGGUCAAGCAGAUUGUCCUAUCGUCCCCAGAGCAGAAAAAUGUACUUUUCGUAUCGGAAGAAUCUCACGGUUCAAGGAAGGGAGACUCAAAGAGAGAUGGUGCUCAAGGUAGCAUGAGACCUAAAGAAGCUCCUGGACAAAGAGGAUUUGAAGGUCACAAUGUGGAGCCAACCAUACUGAUGGAUGAGUUCUCGAUGGCCAAAUGGAAACAUAGCGAGGAACCCGUGUUUACCAUUGCUACUGCUCACUAUUUUACUGAGUCACCAGGAUCAAAAAUAUUGACAAAACAGUCUGGCUCUGAAGUAACCUCAAAAAACAUAGACGUCUCCAAUCUAAUAGAGUCCACACGAAAACAAAUCGAUUCAAAGGAUUGGGCCGCGGCUUCAUCAUUCAGCUGGGCUCAGAAAUCUGAAAUGAAGACGGAAUGGGAAGAAAGUUCUAAAGAGAUGACACAAGAGUUGCACGAGCAGAAGACGCUUGUGCAGGAGACAAUGGUGAUGCAGGAGACUCGUGUGGUGGAUGUGCAUGCAAGUGGCGAUGCUUCUGCAUUGUGUGCAACGCUGGCAGGAGUUGAGAGGGCUGCAAUAGCUGCGAUAGCAGAGGAGAGCACAGCUCCCUCUUUUGAUGACAAAGGGGGACUGAGUUCCGUGAUGAUGGUAGAAACCACAGUGGACGAGAAAGAGAUGGGAAGUCCCAAAGUGGAUCAGCUGGUCACUGAGAGCAUAAAGGGCGUUGCUUCUGCUUGGGGGCAGGAGGACCAGCCAGACACAAAGGGGCAAACUUCAGAGAAGUCUGAUGAAAAACCUCAGUUUGAGCCACCUGUUGUGAAAACAGAAACUGUAAGCUUUAGAAGUCUGACGCAGGAGGACGGGAAAGAAAUCUCUACCAAGGAAGUGCCAGUAGUUCACACAGAGACGAAAACAAUCACCUAUGAAUCAGCAAAGUCGGACCCCAGUGCUGACAGUGAUCCAGGAUUUUUAAUGAGUGCUCAGACUAUCACCUCAGAAACUACAAGCACUACAACCACUACACAUAUCACCAAGACUGUGAAAGGGGGUGUUUCAGAGACACGCAUUGAGAAACGAAUCGUCAUUACUGGGGAUGCUGAUAUUGACCAUGAUCAGGCCCUGGCUCAGGCAAUUAAAGAGGCCAAAGAGCAGCACCCUGAUAUGUCUGUGACCAAAGUAGUGGUACACAAAGAGACAGAGAUCACGCCAGAGGACGGGGAUGAUUGAUCGCAGGAUUAACCACAUCUUCACAAAAGAAGUAACACAUACACAUCAUUAGGAAUGAUUUUGGAGUCUAAAUGGAGUCAUGCACAUGACUUUGUUUGUCCUGAAUACAUCCACUAAUGACCUUUCACAUCAUACUGGAGCACGUUGAUACGAGGACCACAUUUCGCCCUCACUAAAUAAGGACAUUGGCAUAAGCCUUUCCAUUCCAGAAUAUACAUAUGAGCAGCAGAUGAAUAUUGCAUGACUAGAAUAAACUUAUCACAAAAAUGAACCCCCGCAUUUUCCAAAUCCACAGUAGAAUCUUUCACGUCAUUUAGGUUAUUGUUUUAUCUGCACGCAAAGAAUAAAAGAUCACUGGUACAAAAAAUUAUUUAAAGAAUUGGAGGGAAUAAUCCAGCCUUUGACAGUAUGUAAUUUAAAAAAAAGCUGAGCAAGAUAGAAAGAGGAAUGAGUUGGUUGUCGUUCAUUUUGAUAGUUUUUGGUUUAGAAGUGAGUAACUAUCACUCCAAGGUUGGUGAGAAAAAAAGCGUAAUUGUAACAUGAGGGAUAUGUCAUAACUUACAGUAGAUGUGCCAAUAACAGUAUAAGCCCAUAUCUAUUAUAAUACAAAGCAACUUGAAGCUUAUAACUGGAAACCUUGAUAUUCAAUGGCAAUGCCUGUGAAAAACAUGAAUAACCUUAACCAUUUUAGAAGGAAUUGUUUUGCUGCGUUUUGUGUGUUGUCAGCAUAAUUUGAUGUCACCUAACAUUUUUUUUAAAACAAAAUAUAUAUAUAUAUAUAUAUUUUACUUGAAGGACUGGUUUUGUUAGAUGAGCACAUUCUUUUAUGUUAGAACCAGAAGUCCAGGUAGACUAGCUCACGAUUACUUGUGGAUGUUGACUUUCCCAUAGAAGAGGUGUCAGUAUAUUUUUUUCAAACCGAGCCGAUUUUGCUCAUUUUCUGUUGCUUGUGAAUGUGACUUCUCGAGAAGGAUUCUCCCCACUUACUACCUGCGACCUCUAUUUUUCAUCACUGACAAUGACAGCAUUGAUUCUUCCCAAAUACUCUGCUUAGACUCCAGAUUCAGAGCAAAGCCUUAAACUGAACAUAAACUAACAGCAACUCUCCAUUGGAAGCUUUGAAAUUAUGAAGCGUUUAUGAUUUACAAAGUUCGUACAGCUAAUUGUAGGGUACAGUACUUCAUCAGAUGUUCUGCUGCAAUGUAUUAAAUGUUGAAUGUAUGUUUCUUCAUGGUGAAAUAAAAGUGGUAAAGGCAUAAA